GAGGGGAUUGGAACAUUUGAAUCACAUGAUUGGGAGGGGAUUGGAACAUCUGAAUCACAUGAUUGGGAGGGGAUUGGAACAUCUGAAUCACAUGAUAUGGAGGGGAUUGGAACACCUGAAUCACAUGAUAUGGAGGGGAUUGGAACACCUGAAUCACAUGAUUGGGAGGGGGAUUGGAACACCUGAAUCACAUGAUGUGGAGGGGAUUGGAACACCUGAAUCACAUGAUUGGGAGGGGAUUGGAACACCGAAUCACAUGAUUGGGGGGGAUUGGAACACCUGAAUCACAUGAUAUGGAGGGGAUUGGAACACCUGAAUCACAUGAUUGGGAGGGGAUUGGAACACCUGAAUCACAUGAUUGGGAGGGGAUUGGAACACCUGAAUCACAUGAUUUGGGGGGGAUUGGAACACCUGAAUCACAUGAUUGGGAGGG